AUGGACGCUAACACCGCAAUCGGGGCGGCAGUUGCAGCGGGUGGGUUCGCUGGAUAUGCUGCCAAAGGGAGUGUGCCGUCACUAGUGGCUGGUGGAACAAGUGGCUUAGCGCUCAUCGCAUGUGGGCAAACCGGGCGGUUCAAGGCUGCGGCCGCAAUAUGCGCCAUGUUGAUGAUGAUCAUGGGCAUGCGCUUGGUGAAAACGAAGAAAGCCAUGCCAGCUGGGCUGGUUGCGGCCUUGAGUGCCGCAGGGUGCAACAGCAGUAUCGCGCUGGAAGUGCAGCCGUGCGCCGUACCAGUGCCACCGGCCCUCCCAGAGGUGGCCCGCUUAUCCGACAGGGUUAUCCGCAUUCUCGGGCGGAAUCCCAGUUCGUUCACGCUGACGGGGACAAACUUGUAUCUCGUGGGGACUGGAAGCAGCCGGAUCCUUGUCGAUGCGGGCGAGGGAAAACCCGGAGUGUUGCAGGACUUGCUGAAAACAAUGGCUGAGCAAGGCUGCCACAAUAUUUCACAAAUCGUCGUAACGCAUUGGCACAUCGACCAUUUGCUUGGGGUGCCAGAGCUUUUGGCAUGCUUCGGCUCAGAGGUCCAGGUGCGCAAGUACAUGCCCAGUGAGGGCACAUCGACCGGCGAGCUCGACAACGCGGAGGGCGAGUGGAGUCCCACAGAAUUCUUGCAGGGUGCCUGGACAGCGGGGAUGUCUGGGGUAUGCUACGGGCGCAAUUGGAGUUUGCCAGCCAUCCUGGCCUGA